AUGUCUGUUGACCCCCGCCUGGCGCGCCGCCAGGCUGCAGCAGCAAACCGUACCUCGACACCACAACCACCCCAACCUGCUGCACCUACACCCCCGGCGCCUGUGCAGGCAAGUGAGACUACACCCACCACCACCAGCGACAGCGACGUCAAAGCCUCAUCAGCCCCAGCCGAUUCGUACAAGCUCAAAUUCUGCACCGUCUGCGCCUCGAAUAAUAACCGCUCCAUGGAAGCCCACCUCCGCCUAUCCACAUCCACUGCAUCGUACCCGGUCAUAUCUUUCGGCACAGGCCAUUAUGUCCGCCUUCCUGGUCCCUCAAUCUCCCAGCCUCAGGUCUACACCUUCAACAACACCUCCUAUAACAAGAUCUACGAGGAGCUGCAAGCACAGGACGAGCGACUGUACCGCAACAAUGGUAUUCUCAACAUGUUGGAUCGCAACCGUGGCAUCAAAUGGGGUCCCGAGCGGUUCCACGACUGGAUUGUUGGUGCGAGUAGGCUCGAGCCACUGAAUCGUGGCGACAAGGGCGCAGAUGGGACAGAGGGAGGCGUUGUGGAUGUGGUAUUCACGUGUGAGGAGCGGUGUUGGGAUGCUGUGGUCGAGAAUCUUCUUGAGCGUGGCGCACCGCUCAACAGGCCGGUGCACGUUUUUAACAUUGAUAUUCGCGACAACCACGAGGAAGCGCUUGUCGGUGGGCGCGCCAUUCUGGAGUUGGCGGAUAGCCUGAACGAUGCUGCCAGUCAGGAAAGGCAAGCACAUGGCCCUUCAGGAUGGCAAAAUGGCUCCGGUCCUGCGCGGAUGAGCUUCGACGAACGCGUACCGGAGAUUUUGGGGACUUGGCAGGAGAAGUGGCCAAAUCUACCAGCGUUAUGGACUCUGUCUUGGUUCUGA